GAAAGGGAUCAUUUUCUUGGUUCCCAAUUCUAGGGUCUGCUUGAUUCACUGUUCUUCUUUUGCUGGAUCAAUCAGCCAGACUGUUUGAGCUGACCUAAAACCACUGAAACAAACCCUAAUUUCUGUCCAAAGGCUUAAAUCAGAGAAGGGUUUUGUUGUUGAGAAUGUUCUUGACAAAGAUAUUUAAUAGGGCACUCUAUCUGGGUACUCGAUCAAAUGGUUCAUUCUAUUCAACUACCGCUGCUGCAGCUACUGCAACUUCAGCUAAGACAUCACACAAUCCUUUAGAAGAGUUUUUUGAGGUUACUAGAAGUCAAGAAGAGGACAAACCAAACACUUACGGUCGAAGUUGGAAGGCAUCUGAAUUGCGUCUUAAGUCUUGGGAUGAUCUUCAAAAGCUAUGGUAUGUGCUUUUGAAAGAGAAGAACAUGCUUAUGACACAACGCCAAAUGCUCAACGCACAGAACCUACGAUUUCCCAACCCAGAGCGUAUCCCUAAGGUAAGGAAGUCAAUGUGUCGAAUCAAACAUGUGCUUACUGAGAGAGCAAUUGAAGAAGCUGAUCCAAGAAGGUCCGCAGAGAUGAAGAGGAUGAUAAAUGCAUUGUGAUAAUUCCAAGUCCGGUUUCCUCCAUCUCGUCGUCAAGAGUUUUUCUAUUUCGUAGUGACUUGGCAUGUAACAUGCAGACGGCAAUAAGUUGUUCCCUUUUGUAGGUUAUAUCGUAGAAGUUGCAGAUUACCAGUUAGGAUACAAAAGAAAAAAAUGGUAUUUGGUUUUUGUUGAUAAUUCUGUUGCAACAUAAAGGCAGUUGGUUGUCUGGUUUUCCUGGUAAAGAAAUGAGUUAUAUUUUUGCCUGCUGUAGAA